AUGACAGAGUUCGGGUGGCGCCGAUUUAAUUUCUUCGAUAGGAACGUUGUAUUCGAUAAAGAAGAUCCGAAACAGAAGUUUUCUGGUCUAAAAGAUGUAGCAGUCGACUGCUGGUGCAGCUCUGGGGGAUCGGUGUAUUUGGGAGAAGCAAAAGGAGGAGUAUUUCAACUCACAAGUCAGUUUGGAGAGUACUUCUGGAAAGCUUAUCAGAAGUCUUUGGCAUCUCUCCAUUCGGCAGAUAAAUACUUAUUUUCCAUCGGAGAAGACGAUGACACAGUAAACACACUUCUCAAAAUUUGGGAUCCGGAAAGUGUAGAAAAGAACACGCCGCAUGUGUUACGAACCAUCCGAAUGUCCCCACUGAAUCAUGCAUCUGCCUCACCUGCAUGCAGUAUUGCAGUUCAUUCUAGUCUUCAAUCAAUUGUUGUUGGAUAUACUGAUGGAACUGUUCUCUACUAUCAAGGAGAUGUGUUACAUGACAAAUCACUCGCCUCCCGGUGGUUGAAAGUCCGGGACUCGUCGAUUGGCGAAGGAGCGGUAACAGGACUCGCCAUCGCAGCUCUUCCAGGAUCGAAGACGGUGAUUUUCGUAAUCACCCCGAAACAUGUGUAUUCCUAUGUUGUGGAAGGUGGAAAAACUGUAAACUCUCCGAAAAAGCACGAUGCAAAUGGAGCAACUGCAGACUGUUGGACAUUUGAUGAGAGUACGGGGCAGUUGAUUGUUGCCAGUCGAGAAAUGCUUUUCUUCUACGAUGCUGACCAAUGUAUAGAUGUAGAUAAUGGAGAAAUCGGAAGAUGUUUGCAGCUGGGAAGAGGUCAUGAAAAGUUACAACUGGUGGCGAAUGGACAAUAUUUGGCUCUUCUUACAAAACACCAUUCCUUGAUUCAAAAAGAAAAAGAUUCCGAGUUCAUGACAAUGUUGAGUGUAUACGAUAUCAAAGGGCAGUACGUCGGGUUCUCAUGCUCACUUCCGAAUCUGUGUCGUAUGUUCACCGUUGGAAAAACGUUCCUCGUUCUCAGUCACGAUGGUCUCCUUUCGGAAUUAGUUGAAAAGAACAUUGCUACGAAAUUGGAUAUCCUAGUGAAGAAAAAUAUGUUCGACGUUGCUGUUCUGAUAGCGAAGAAUAGCAAAGACGGUGGAGAUUAUUUGAAGAGUAUCCAUGCGAAAUACGGUGACUAUCUGUAUAACAAAGGCGAUCAUGAAAAUGCUAUCCAUCAGUAUAAAGAGACGAUUGGAAUGUUAGAGCCAUCAUAUGUUAUGAAAAGGUAUUUGAAUAGUGCAAAGAUCAAGGAGUUGUGCAUCUAUUUGGAAUACCUUCACGAUGCAAAAAAGGACAACGAGCACCAAACUAAAAUUCUGAUGAACGCUUAUGCGAAGCAAGGAGAGAAAAAGAAACUGAUGGAGUUCGUGAACAAGAUCACAGAUGGUUCGAGAUCCGCAAGAAUGAGAGAUGUUUUCGAGAUAUUGCUCAAGUGGAAUUAUCUCCCUGAAGCUUCGCUGUUAGCGACGAAGUUUCAAAUGCACGAGGACGCGUUGAAUGUAAUCAUUCACCAUCAGCACAAGUAUCAGAUGGGUGUCAACUACAUUAACAGAAUGCCGAUUGAAAGUGUAAUUGAGAUGACUGGAAAGUAUGGAAGAGACUUGUUACUUCAUGCCAGAGAAGAGUUGUUGACCAUGUUAUUGGAGAAGAUCAAAGAGAAUUCCGAUUCGAAAAAUAAUUUCAUGCGACUUUUCGAUAUUUUUAUAGGAGAUAUGGAUGCCUCAAAAGUGUUUCUCGAUCACGUCCUCAAAAAGACAAAAGGUGCGGAACAGAACCAUUUCAUCCUAUUGAUUUUGGAGUACCGUAUGAGACAUUUUAAAUCGAAAGAAUGGACGGCUGAUGAAUUGAAAAAUGACAUCUACGAUCUCAUUGAAAAAGGAAAUGAAGAAGCUGCACUCCAGUUGGCACAGCUAUUUGAUUGUUCUCCAGUUAUCGAACACAUUCUGAUGAGGUGUAAUAAAUCGAGAGAAUUGAUGAUGUAUCAUCAGAAGAAGGGGGAUCUCAAAGCGAUCAUCAGGUUGUGUCAGGGAUCUUCUCAAAAGUCGAAACGUCGAUUGUGGCUAGACGCUCUAACUUUCAUCGGGAAACAUGCGACGGCAGACGAUGAAUCGAUGAUUGUUGAUCUACUGAAAGAAAUCGAGGCCUCCGAACAGAUUCAUCCACUGGUUGUUCUAGAACUUCUCGCAAAAAAUGAGCACUUGACAAUCUCUUCUGUGAAAGACUACAUUGUCGCAUGGCUUCGCAAGCAACAAAUUAUCAUUGAAGACGAUAGAAAUACCAUAAAAGAGAACAAUAAAGCCAUGGGAGAACUCGAUACAACCAUUGAGUCCCUCAAGUUCAACGCUCAAAUCAUGCAGGUCACAAAGUGCUCAGCAUGUGACACUGCUCUCCAACUGCCGACUGUUCAUUUCCUGUGCAAGCACGCGUAUCAUGUGCACUGUUUCGAAUCGUACAAUAUGGACGGAAGUGAUAAGUGUCCCGCUUGUCAAACCAGUCAUGGCACUAGUCGAAAUGAAGAGAUCAGCUACCACAAAUUCCAGAAAGAGCUGGCUGAGGCAACAAAUGGAAUGGAGCUAAUUGCCACGUAUUUGCAGAGAGGACUUUUUGAUGAAAAGAAGAAAACUAGGCAAACGGAUGCUUCUAGGAAGGAUCCAUUCGCUAGUUCUGGAAGAAUUUCAACUAACACGAAUCCAUUCGAUGAUGAUGACGUGGAGACGAUAUCACGAACAAUGUCCACUGUGUCGAGUAACAUGGCUCCUGUAUCUCGACAAAGAUCUACUACGAAAAAAGAUGAUGAUUCCACGAAUCCCUUUUUUUCUUCAGAUGCCGGAAGCAAGAAAAAUAGUUAUGAUGAAACGAAGAACCCAUUUGGAGCACCAACAGCAUCCACUAAUCCAUUCGAUUGA